AUGGCGAUGCAUCAGCAGGUCAGUUUACUCCUCACCCUCAUCCUCCUCCUGGCUACCGGAGAAGGCAGCCUCGCCGUCGGCACUCCGUCCGCGAUCAUCAGAACGACAUGCGCUGCUGUCGGUCGACCCGGCGGGGAAGUGGGUUACGACACCUGCGUGGGCUUGCUCUCGGCCGACCCGGCGGCCGCGGCCGCCAAGGACGCAGGUCAGCUCGCCGUCGUCGCCACCAACCUCACCGUGGCCAACGUCACGUCGACGGUGCUCGUCCUCGACGACCUCGCCAAGAACCUCGGGGACUGCCUCCGCUACUACAGGGACAUGAACAAGACCCUGGACGCCGCGCUCGGUGACCUACGUGCCGGGCGCGUCGAGGCGGCGUCCGGCAAAUUGUUGGAUGCCAAUGGAGUGCCCGACAGCUGCGACAUCCAAUUGUUCGAGGGGAGUGCGAAGAAGAAUCCGAUGAGGAAGGAGAACACCGACGCCGAUUUGCUGUCCCGACUGGCAUACGCCAUUACUGACUUGCAGCUGCCGAAUCCUCCUCGGCACCGACGUGAAGUUUGA